AUGGUUGCAACCUUCUCGCCGCACCGGGACUCGGGUGGCACUCUCCAUCUGCCAUCGCCCUCGGGCAUCCAUCACGUUGAUGCCAGUUCUGCCAUCCGCCAGCUGCGUCGCUCGUUGUCACGUUCGCCUUCCAAGAGCUCCCACUUCUUCCUGAACUCGCGCAACCAGUCACCCUCGAAAGCUGCCUACAUCUCAUCGCCUCUGUCGCCCUCGAGGCGCUCCUCGCAAAAUAACUUUGUGCUUUUCCCCUCUUCCCAACAACAGUCUCCUCUUGCCGUUCCUUAUCCUCCCAGCGCGAAGAUCAGCCGACCAGCCAUGCGACGACGCACGUCGCCACGCAGUCCGGCAAAACGCGCUCUGAAUGUCUCCGCCGACGGUGGUAAUGCGACUCCAACCCAACCGAUUGCAGCACCACCAGGUGAAGAGAAUGCCUUGUCGGUCGACAACCUUGUGCCGGGUGAGAGUACCACUCCAGGCAGUCCCUGUGUGGUGAAUGGGCCAUCUGUCCCCCAAAUCGACACGACAUUUGCGCCUCGGUCGACCCUGUCACGCAUCGAGAAGCGACGAAGUGGAACAUUUGGAACCUACGCUACAGUCAGUCCCCUGAAGCGCAGCGACGGCAUCAUGAAUUUGGACCAGGCGUCUCGGGGCAGCCCCUCCGCGAAGCGGCGGAGUGUGCAUGGAGCAAAUCUUUCAGCGGACUUUAACAUCUUCGACAACGAUGGUGAAAGUGCAACUGGGAACAGUCCGCCAAACAACGACAUUCCCUCUUUUCCCACGCCUGUCCAGCCCUUCAGUCCGUUCGCCACCAUCCCCAAGCGUUCAUCGUCCCUGCGGCGCUCGACGCUCCAGCAGCGCCAGGGUGAGCGACCUCUCUUCGGUCGAUCCAGGCCGGCGAAUGAGUCCCCUGAGGCACCGCCUUCUACCACUCCGUUGACGGUCCGGCCACGCAUGUCUUUUGAUAGCGGCCUUUUCCAGGCGGGCCAGGAAAACAUUUUCUCGCCCCGUCCUCCCCCUGCCAAUCCUCUCUUCUCCGCCAACCCUAACCCUCCCCAGCCCGCUCGUCCUGCGGCUCAUCCUCUCUCGCGCACCAUCACUCAGUCUUCAUCUGGGUCGAGUCUGGACGAUUCGCCCACUCAUGAACCAACUCAAAAGCCGGAGCGACCACGGCCGCUUUUCAACUUCUCCAAGUCUCUCCCUGCGGGCGCUACCCGGCCUGCCCCCGUGCGUCGUUUGACCCGGGAGGAUUCGAACUCGUCCGAGACAUUCGCUACUCCGGAGAACUACAAGCUUGUCAAGCCUUUGCCAGCAGCCUUCAUGUCAACUGGACUCAUCUCGAAGAAAAACCGCAACGCCGAGGAGCCACACGGGGCUAGUUUCAACAAGAAUAUGCCUGACACCCCGUGCAAGCGACCCGUCAACUUGUUCGCUGCCGGGUCAAAUGUCCCAUCUGAGCGACUGUUCGUGAAGUCUCGCCUGGGCCAACAGUCUGAUGCUGUGCCUCCUUCACCUUUCAACCCUCCCUCUACCACGCGCCCGAAGCCGGGACCCUUCGCUCGAGGUAUGGGCAUUUUCGGAAGUGCUUUUAACCGUCCGGAGCCCUCGCGCCGUGGAAGCUUCGCCAGUAUCGAUGGCGAUGAACCGUCGCAGGCCCAAUCCCCAUCCUCGAGGAAUGACAGUCAGACGCUGGCUGAAACCGACUUUCCCCCUACUCCCACGAAACAGUCAUUCCUCUCUUCUCGCACUUAUCCACCCACCGCCUCCCAAAUUGCCCCGCUCGAGCGCUUGUCUGAGUCAAGACCAAGCAGUUCGAGUCCAUUGCGUGACAAGUUUCUGCAGUCAACGCCUCGCACCCCUCGCGAUCAGUUCUUCCCGCCUGACCCAAGUGGCCUGUCGAUUUCGGUUCCGAAUGAGCACCAUCAGUCUAUUCAGACCGACUUCGGCAGCAGCAACCUUCCGGCUACCCCGACUGGGCCUCGUGACUCUUUGCUGUCAGGAAAACGUCCCAGUCUGUCACUCAGUGGCUACCAUGCCCCCGACGUGGAUCCAAGCUUGACAUCACGCUUCGAGAAAGUCGAGCUCAUCGGCACUGGGGAGUUUUCCCAGGUUUACCGAGUUUCGCAGCCGCACGAAUCCUCGCUCCUAUCUGUCUUCUCUCUCCCUCCGAGUGCAACAAAAUCACCUACGGCCUUGCCGCACCAGGUGUGGGCUGUGAAGAAGAGCAAGCAGCCCUAUUCGGGCCUGAAGGAUCGUGAACGCCGUAUUCGCGAGGUGGACGUUCUGAAGACUUUGAUCAACUCUGACCACAUUGUCUCCUUCAUGAACAGCUGGGAAGAUAAUGGUCACUUGUACAUCCAAACCGAAUUCUGCGAGGAGGGCAGCCUGGAUGUUUUCCUGGCCCAAGCCGGUCUUAAAGCCCGGCUAGAUGAUUUCCGCAUCUGGAAGAUUUUGCUGGAAUUGUCCCUGGGACUUAAGCACAUUCAUGACCAGGGAUUCAUCCACUUGGACCUCAAACCUGCCAACAUCCUCGUCACCUUUGAAGGUGUCUUGAAAAUCGGUGACUUUGGCAUGGCAACGCGCUGGCCGGCUGAAGAUGGCAUUGAGGGUGAGGGCGAUCGAGAGUACAUCGGACCAGAGAUUCUCAUGGGCCGUUUUGAUAAACCGGCCGAUGUAUUCUCUCUUGGUCUGGUCAUCUUUGAAAUCGCAGGAAACGUGGAGCUUCCAGACAAUGGCCUCUCCUGGCAGAAACUCCGCAAUGGCGAUAUGAGCGAUGUCCCUAGCCUCACUUGGAGCUCCGAGACCAGUAUCUUCCGCGACGCGUCCGGAAAUCCUGUGUCGGAAGAACCUUCUUUUGAGGAGCUCUGUGCAUCCGAUCUGGGCGAUGAUGACUUUGGUGGCGACUUCUUGACGACCCGCAAGUUGAAUCAGCCUCAGCCGUCUCGACUCGCUCGCAGUGGUGAGCUGGUUGACCCUCCUAGCUUUAUGGUCGAUGCAACCCAUCCCCAGGCCUUGGAUAAGAUCGUCCGAUGGAUGAUCUCCCCCGAGCCAUUGGACCGCCCCACUGCUGACCAGAUUCUGGAGACUUAUGGCUUGCAGUUUGUGAGUCACCGUCGUCGCGCCGGGGCCACUGUCUUCGAAGGCAACUGGGGACCGGCGGACGAGAUCUUGGCCGAAGAUGCCGAGAUGAUCGAUGUGUAA